AUGAUCAGCGGCGGCGACGGCAGCUCCCACUGCCCUACGUGUAGCUGUUGGAAGAAAGCUCGGAAGAAUGACAGGUUCAGCGAACUUCCCGACCAUCUCCUCCGUCGCAUUCUCUCCUUCCUCUACUCGAAACUCGCCGUCCAAACUUGCGCCCUCUCCCCGCGGUGGAGAUCCGUCUGGAAAGGCGUCCCUGUCCUCAAUUUAGACACCAAAUCCUUCAACAACAUCAACGAAUUCGACCAAUUCGUCUCCGGAAUCAUCUCAAGCCGUCACGACUCCGCCCCGAUCCACGAGAUCAGCGUGGAAAUCGGCAGCCAAAUCGAUUACGACGACGUUAAACAUAAUGAGAUUGGUUGCGAGCUCUUUGCUUACGCGGCCUCCCAUGGGAUUCGACGCCUGCACGCCGUCGAUCCGUGCUCGAAAUUCCUUUUCCGUGCUGAUUUCAGCAUGGUCGCCACUCUGCAUCUGGAAGACAUCAUCUUGGUUUGCCCCGGCGGCCGCAGGAUCGAACCGUUCGCCGGCUUCCCAAACCUGAGGGAUCUAACCCUCGAGAGUUGCGAGUGGUUGGAUGAUGAUGGCAUCAGGGGUGUGAACGAGUACCCUCACUUGACAAUCUCCGGGAACCGAUUGCGGAAUCUCAGGAUUCAAAACAGGCUUAACCCUAUCUAUAUAAAGCCCUUUGAUUUAGAUUUCCCAACUCACCAACCUGCACUAAGUAGACCAACUCAAACAGAAGAAAAAACAAACAAGAACCACGAUGAGGUCCUCCUCCUCAGUCGCUGCCUUGCUGCUAGUAUCGACAUUGGCGGCCAUGGCAAUCCACCUGGCCGCCGCCGACGGCGAGGAAGGCCUCAUCAAGAACCACCAUGUCCACGUUUCCAGCGAGCUGACCGGCGGGAAGGUGUUACUGGUCCAUUGCAAGUCAAAAGACGACGACCUUGGAAUCCACAACCUCACGGCCGGGUCCGAGUUCACGUGGAAGUUUAA